CAUUUUUUUCCCAGAACUUUCUCCGUGACUAAUUUGAGCUUUUACAAAUAUUAUUCGUUACAAAAGCGUGUUAAUUUGGUCAAACACCCGCGUUAAUUUAUCUCUUCUAUUCUUCUAGAAGAGGGAUUUGCCAGGUUUCUUUUAAUUUUGUUAUAUCAUCUCACAUUUGAUGAAAACCUCCUUAGUUGAUGAACAAUUCUCUGUUGUCUUCAUCUCGGGAUUUACUUGAAGAGCGGAAUCAGCUUUCGUGCUCAGAAGCUGUCAACUUGGUUUCAGUUGUUAAUCAUACAAUUUCUUGGCGGCGGAUACCAUGAGUGGAGGGCUUCGUUCAAGCGUGAAGUCGUACCUUAAUGCGAAACGCCUCCCUUUCUCUGGGGAAAUAGAUACAGUGAAUGAGACAAAUGAGACCAUCAAUCGCAAUUUCAGUGCACUCCAAGCUGCUGUUGAUUCCGUGGAUAAGAAGAAACCGCAAGAGAAAAGCAUUGCUUCGACUUCAUAUCAGCUCAUGCCUUCAACUUCGCGGAGAGAAAGGAUCUUGCUAAAAAGAUUCCUCUUUAAUGAACUGAAAGUAGCAACCUAGAACUUUCAUCCUCAUAAUAAGCUGGGUGAAGGUGGUUUUGGUUCUGUUUUUAAGGGGUGGCUUGAUGACAAUACAUUCCCCGGUACUGGCAUGUUAAUUGCUGUGAAGAGGAUUAACCGAGAAGGUUUACAGGGUCACAAGGAAUGGUUGACAGAAAUAUACUACCUAGGAAGGCUGCGCCAUCCAAAUCUUGUGACAUUGUUGGGUUAUUGCUUCGAGGAUGAUUGCCGGCUUCUGGUGUAUGAAUUUAUGGCUGGUGGUAGCUUGGAUACUCAUCUGUAUGGAAGAGCUUCUUCCCUUCAACCACUCUCGUGGAUCCUGCGUAUGAAGAUUGCCCUUGGUGCUGCCAACUCUCUAGCAUUUAUUCACAGUGGUGAGGGAAAAGUGAUCCAUCGUGACGUCAAAAGUUCUAAUAUCUUACUGGAUUCAAACUACAGUGCCAAACUCUCUGAUUUUGGUUUUGCUAAGGAUGGACCAGCAGGUGAUAAAAGCCAUGUCUCAACAUGGGUGAUGGGGACACAUGGGUAUGCAGCUCCUGAGUAUGUUGCUACAGGUCAUUUAACCCGCAAGACUGACGUGUAUGGUUUUGGAGUUGUUAUGCUCGAAUUGUUGACUGGAAAACCAGUUCUUGACACUAGCCGGCCAACCAGGGAACGCAAUUUAGUCGAAUGGGCCAGACCUUACUUUGCUAGCAAACGCAGGGUUCUUAAAAUUUUUGAUGCUCGUAUUAAAGGCCAGUAUUCUGUGGCUGCAGCUCGUAAAGCAGCUAACCUUACAAAUCAAUGCUUAUCAACAGAACCCGAGUUGAGGCCAAACAUGAAUGAGGUGGUAAAAGCGUUGGAGCAGCUUCAGGAAUCCGGUAACAAUGAGGGUUCAGGAAUCUCUCACAACGAGCCUCGCCAAUCUCCUUAUUCCAAUUCAAACAGUGCCAAAUCAAGCUGGAGAAGCUGGAUCAGCUUCAGGUCAUCUUCUUCCCACAGCUACAUAAGAUAGUCAUGCAUGUGUUAUAUACAUUGAUUCAAAGGAAAAUGGGGCAGGAGGGAAAGAAAGUAAAGGAGACAUGGCUGUCAUGUUUAUAUUGAAAUCUAUAUCUUGUAAUUUGUACUGCUGCAUUUGAUUACUGUCCAUGAAGCGUUUUCAUUUUGUGCCUGAAGAUGAGUUUCAGUUUAAUUCUGAGGAAUUAUCGACUUGUUUCGAUCGUGCUGUACUUGGUGGAGUUUCAGCUAGUUCUGAUAAGAUGAAGACAUUAGCAUAUCAAAAGCACAAGAUUACAAGCCUGCACAAGAGAACAAGUAACAACACAGUAUGGUAGCAGAAGACAAUAUUGGAGACAACUCGUGCUCUCUCACCCAAGUACAAUUGACAGAGCUUGUUGCUACAUUGCAGACUAAGAAGACCAAAAUGACCACAUAUUGAACUGCACAUCUGACAUCUCUGUUAACUUUCACAUGUGAUCUUGAUGUCUAAUAGCAGCUAGGCUUGCUCAGAAUUGUAGUAUAAAUAUGUGUUCUUUUAUGUAAUCAUCAUCCACUUCGAUCAAGCAAAUUCCAUUUCUCCUUAAGUUCGAGGAGAAAACUUAUUGUAUUCGGCUAUAUAUAGU